CAGUGUCAACAAGUUGGCGUUGCAUUUGGCCUUCCCACUCUCAUCAUAAUGUGUUUUGGGGAUCUCCGUCCUUUGCUAACAGUCGGAAAGAAAACUGGAGUUUGACAGCGCAACAGUCCGAAAUGUAGCACUGCGUUAGGGUACAAAACACAGGUGACUGUGUGUGUGAUGUUUAUCGCAGGUUGGGUGGUAAAUCCAGGAAAAAUGCGAAGAGAUGCAGAUGCCUUGAUUCUGAUGUGGCUUCUCUAUUGGAUCUCAUACAGCAUGUGUUAUUCUCCACCCGGUCGGCCUAGACUUACAAGAUGUCGGUCACCUGAGAAAGAAACCUUCACGUGCUGGUGGGAGCCCGGAUCUUCAGGUGGAUUGCCAACGAGCCACCAUCUGUAUUAUAGAAAGGAGAGCUCUGUGGAAGUCUUUGAAUGUCCAGAUUAUCAUAAAGCAGGAAACAAUUCCUGCUUUUUCGAUAAGCGGCACACAUCGAUUUGGAUCAUGUACAACAUCACGGUGCUUGCGUCCAACGCGCUGGGGAAAACCUACUCGGAAUCUGUGGAAGUAGAUGUUAUGGAUAUCGUUCAACCUCACCCUCCAGAAAACGUAAAUGUGACUGUAAAUCAGACUGAGAACAGCUUUUAUAUCCUAUUGCGAUGGCGGCCUCCCAGUGAUGCAGACACACGUUCGGGCUGGGUGACGAUUAAAUAUGAAGUUCGCAUUAAAAUGGAAAACAGCAAGGAGAAAAAAGACUGGGAGUCAUUUAGUGCUGGAAAACAGCUGGAGUUUAGCGUCUACAGUCCUCAGCCAGGAGCAUCUUACCAUAUACAAGUGCGCUGUAAACUCGACCAGGGCCUGUGGAGUGAAUGGAGCGAACCCGUAUCCAUCUGGAUCCCAGACAAAACAUCAGAGACACAGAACGAUGUGAUGAUCUUCGCUGCGUCUCUAACAGCCUUUAUUUUCUUGCUGAGCGCAACAUUUUUGGCAACCAAGAUAAAACACGUGAAACAUUUUCUACUGCCACCAGUUCCAGAACCCAAGAUCAAUGGCUUUGAUACUCAGCAAAUUAAGAACGCAACGUCUGGAGAGAUCUUCGAUGCCCUCAUCAUUCAUGGAUAUCCACAGAUAUCCCAAAGCUCAGAACGUGACGUGGACUAUCUCGUGAUCUCUGAAGACGAUGAGGAGUUGGAUGGAAAAUGUUUUACAGAACCUGCCCAAAAGUUCAAGCAGAUCGUUCAGAAGAGCACUGAGGAACUGAAGCGAUUGAGCUGUCCCGGUCCAGGAUGUGACCCUCAGGACUACAGAUACGAGUAUGAAGAUACACUAGCCACAAUCCAACCUGAAAUAAGUUCAGAGCAUCUUCAACUUGAUGAUUCAGGGCAGCUUCAACCUGACAGUAGUAACGCUCAGGACCGAAAUCCAGCCAAAUACACUUGUUUGAGUAGUGACCGCCUUCGAAAACUCAGCAUCAGUCCUGCCGAACUCACGGGUUACGUUGAGGUUGAUAAAGAGAAACGAGAACAGGAACCGCUGGCAGUGUUGGAGGAUUACAGUAAGAUCAGUGAUAUUUUCAGUGACAACGUUCUUGUGCUACAUAAAGACACAAACGCACAAAGACAUAAAGAGAUCAAAUGUGACAAAACAGAGAUUUCAACCGGUUCAACGGAACCUUUGGAAUAUUUGGAAACUGUGACAAGCGCAUCUUGACUUUCCUGUGACCAAAACUUUGGGAUUCCCCUAUUGAAGCACUUUUUUCGACUUUCAGUAACGUGUUCUCAUCUGUUAACCUGGUGUUUAUUGUUUUAAAGAAAUCGAGUUAAUAGGUUUCUAAUGGUUAUUAAUAUUGACUUUUCUCUGUUGACUUACUCAAUAUGGGUCUGAAACAGGAAGCUGCUAGAACGUCCUUAUAAAAAACCAUUACACAUCGACCAACGGCUGUUAAAAAAUACCCUACUACAGAUCAUUAUAUUAAUUGUUAAACCUCUCUGAACAUUUUUUCAACUAACUACCUCACCAAAUGAGACAAACAAAACACAACAAGUUUUAUUUUCGAAAGGUCAUUGUAGCUAAACAAUGUGCUUUUGUUAAUGGGAACACAGAUUUAAACUACUAUUUUUUAUAGUUAUGUAUGAUGAAACUACCAAACCAAGAUAUCUUUGACUGGUCAAAAUGAUUUUACAGUGUAUUUAUUCCAGCUUGAUCUCACAAGAAAUUGUACGUAUUUUACGAGUUGGCAAAUUCGAAUGAACUGAAUCAUACAAAAACACAAUAACGAAUAACGAAACCUUACACAAUGUCAAAAGCAAUCGUACACAAAUGUACGAAUGUGGUUGUACGAAUUAUCCACUUCGUAAAAAACGUACAAUUUAUUUUAUAUAUCACUGAAAACUGAUUCACUGUAAAUAUGUAGAUUUUAUAUUAAUUCACAAAGAUCAUUUUUGCCUAGAGAAACCGUAACAAUGAAUAUAAAUAUAUUCAUACUUUUUGUACUUUAAGUUUGUUGUGUAUUGUAUUGUAAAAAUUGUUCAUUUUAAAGGUGCCAACUAGAGUCAAGACUACUACUGAAUAAUAGAUUUGUUCCAAACGCACACAAGGGUUAUCAAAACCUAACCGCUGUCAAAGCUUAACCAAACACGAGAGCAGUGACCCGAGAAGCAGGUUAGACUCGGAGGGCUUUGAUGUGGGUUUUCAUGUUAUAUAGACGACCUGAGAGAAGCGAGUUAAUGCAAACGCAGGCGGGUCAGCAGAUCUCAUCAUGGAACAUUUAUGGUCUGCAGUGCAGCAGUUAAGAGUUACUUCAAGUCAAACAUUGACCUGACGCUAUAUGGGAACAAACAUUGGGUUCAGGAUGAAGGAAAUGGAAGUAGUCUAAAUUUUAAACGGUCCUAAUGCAGAUUUUAGUGUGGUUUUAAACUGGAACGCAAGCCAUUUCUAUUUUUUUAGUCCUGUGGUAAACAUCUAUUUGUUUGUUACUUUAUGUUGCAAUUAUAAAAACAUGAAAUAAACACCGAAGUAAUUUUACAGUAAGGUUGUAUUUGUUAACAUGGUUAAUGCAUUUGAUAACAAGAACUAAGAGUGAACUGUAGUUCUACAUCAGUUAUUCAUCUUAGUUCAUGUUAAUUUCAUACUUGUGCAUUAAAAUCAAAAGUUGUAUCUUUUAACAUUAUUUAAAGGUGCCAAAGAAUGCAUUGAAAUAAUAUGUUAAAUUGUUCUUUGAUAUUACAACCCUAGGAUUGUCCUUUGAAUAUAAUGGUCUAUUUUUGCCCUAUUUGGAAGGGUCGUGAAUAAUAAUGUUGAGCUCUGCUCUGAUUGCUCUGAGGCUCAUGCCAGUAGCUCACAUUAGUAAACAGACCUUAUAUGUUUGAGCCUGUAUCAGAUGAAAAUACAGAUUUUGAGGAACAACUAAUUGUUUGGAGAUUGUUAAUGGACGUUUCUGAGCAGUACGUUUUAUUUUCCAGUAUGGACCUGCCAAACGUAACGUACAAAGUCAAUAGUAGAACUUCAGCCUAAACGGUAGCAUAUAGCAUUAAUUAGCAUAGCGCUAACUCAGCAGUCACAACUUGUUUUUUUGCAUUUUAACAACUUAACUUGUAAUUAAUUUAAUGUGUAGUUUGAGUUUAAAUGGACAUACGUGCAUAUUUUACAGCAACGGUGGUCGAUAAGCGUUCUUCCAAUCAUUAAUUAGAAUGGUAAAGUCGCGUUGCAUAUUGACAGAUGAAUACGCUUUUUAAAGUUUAUUAAAAAGCCUACGUCUUAGUUUAUUAAAUACGCUUAGUUUAUUUAAUAUUAAUUAUACAUUUAUUAAAUGUCUCUUGCAAACAAUGAAUCAAUACACUGACAUGAUAAUGCUAGACAGAUACUUUGUUUGCACAGUCCUACCGUAAUUUUGUCACACCUAGACAUACGUCUGGCAUCAGGGGGGAAACGUUUACCUCGAUGAAGGAAAGUCAUUGUCUCACAGGGCUAUGUUUAUUCGGCUAUGCAGUGCUGAGCUUCGAUGAAACUUCACGAGACCGGCAAGAUGCUUCCACAGGGCAGGAGAUACGCAGCGUGAUUGACAGCUUUGACACCAAAUGGAUUUACGUGAAAAUCAGAUGACAUGAUUCACAACUUUUCAUUGGCCAUUUAGAUAUGUGAAGCAUACUGUAUACGGACAUUCAAUCCAUCGAAAAUCUCAAAAUCGACUAAAUGGACAUACGUGGUUUUCAUUGGACAGCGACGAUAUGUCAUUACCAUGAACAGAGCUCUUUUUAUUCAUCUAUGUCUAUAUAUCGUUUUUUUUUCUAUGGCACCUUUAAUGAACUAACAUGAACAAUUGUGCAUUUACUAAUAUUA